AAGGCGCAAAUAUUCCGGGGAUAACGAGGAGAGAGCGCGAGGAGGCAGGCUCGUCGUCCAAGGAGGCAGCCUCGUCUUCGUCGUCCGCGUCGCCGUCCCCGCGGCCUUACGGCCAUACCCUCGACCUCAUCGGCCUGACCAGGAGGAUGUAUCCGAGCGGCGGCAUCAAUGCGGCAGCUGUCGCAGCGGCAGCUGCCGCCCGGCAUCCGGUGCCACCUCAGUCGAGCCAACCGUUCAAAUUCACAGUGAUCGAAUCCUGCGACAGGAUUAAGGAGGAGUUUAAUUUUCUGCAGGCCCAGUAUCACAACAUGAAACUCGAAUGUGAGAAGCUGGCGACGGAGAGGCUCGAGACUCACAGGCAUUACGUCAUGUAUUACGAGAUGUCGUACGGGCUGAACGUGGAGAUGCACAAACAGACGGAAAUAUCGAAAAGACUCAAUGCCAUUAUUGCGCAAAUAUUGCCGUUUCUGUCUCAAGAGCAUCAGCAGCAAGUGGCUACUGCCGUCGACAGAGCAAAGCAGGUUACCAUGACAGAAUUAAACUCGAUCGUUGGGCAACAACGUCCAGAUUUACCACGGCUGCUGCAGCAGAUGCAGGUGCAACAAUUGCCACCAGGUGCGGCUAUCGGUCCGCAUCCGGGACUCCCGGGUCUUCCGGCCCUUGGACCCGCGGCAGGUCUCCCGGUGCCGACGUCCGCAUCUGCGGCUCUUCUCGGCCUUGGACUGACACCCGGAGCACCGGUUACCCCCGGUGGUACCAACGCCCAUCCGCUCUCGAUGCUUAGCAAACCAGAGUUGCACCGUAACAGCCAACCCGACGAUGUUAAAAGCAACGGAGGGCUGAGCUCGACCGAGGAGAGACACAGAAGCUCGAUAUCGCCCGGCGAAAAGUAUAUCAGACCGCGUUCACCGCAGGAGCCACAUCACGGCCAUCAUGCGCAAAACCAUCACGACCAUCCCAUUCACAUCAAGAAAAUGAAGAAGGAGCAGGACAAGGAUCUCGGACAUAGUGAUGGCGAGAAGAGCGAUCAGGACCUUGUGGUGGAUGACGCGAGCGACUGUCCAACGAGCCCCGUUGUAAACGGCACCACUUCGCCCCGCGAAAACGGCAUCGACAAACUCGGCGUCUCGGCCCUCGGCAGUAGCAGCAGCAGCAACAGCAACAGCAAUAACGGACAGAGCAAAAAGGAGCUACCGCCCCACUCGCCACGCAGCGGCACCAGUAGCAAUGCCAGCACCCCGUCAGCUAAGAAGAUGGAGGAUCGCGAGAAGGCGACGACCCCAAUUUCAAAACCGCUGACGCCCACCUCGGCCACGUCGAACCCCUUGAAGUCCUCAGCCUCGAACAAGGCCGGAAUGCAGGGCCCACCACCCCCGGGCAGCGUCGCCGGCGCCUACCCGGCCCAUUAUCCACCUGGACCGCCCCAUCAUCUUCCCCCAGGCUCGCAACAUCCGGCACACGUUGAGCUUAUGGCUUACAGCGCUUAUGCAGCGCCGAGGGCGCCACCUAGCCUUCAGCAACAGCUCUACGACCCGCACGGAGCCAUGAGAGUGCCGCCAGUGCCCGUCGGCUCGGUGCCUGGAGGAAAGCCAGCCUAUAGCUUCCACGUAUCUAACGACAACGUGAUGGUGCCAGUGCCCUUUCCGCCAGACGCCCUCAUAGGUGCUGGAAUUCCACGCCAUGCGCGUCAAAUCAACACCCUAACCCAUGGCGAAGUCGUCUGCGCCGUAACGAUCUCCAACCCGACCAAGUACGUUUAUACGGGCGGCAAGGGCUGCGUCAAGGUCUGGGACAUAAGCCAGGGCGGCAGCAGCAGUGCCAAGCCCGUAUCUCAGCUCGAUUGUCUCCAGCGCGACAACUACAUCAGGUCGGUGAAGUUACUGCCUGAUGGGAGGACCCUCAUCGUCGGCGGUGAAGCCAGCCAACUCAGCAUCUGGGAUCUGGCCAGCCCCACGCCGAGAAUCAAAUCCGAGCUCACGUCCUCGGCACCAGCCUGCUAUGCCCUUGCGAUCUCUCCAGACUCUAAAGUCUGCUUCAGCUGCUGCAGCGACGGUAACAUCGCCGUCUGGGAUCUGCAGAACCAGUCGCUGGUCCGGCAAUUCCAGGGCCACACGGACGGCGCCUCCUGCAUCGACAUCUCCGCCGACGGUUCGAAAUUGUGGACCGGCGGUUUGGACAAUACCGUGAGGUCGUGGGACCUGAGAGAGGGCAGGCAGUUGCAGCAACACGACUUCACUUCGCAGAUCUUCUCGCUGGGCUACUGUCCGACAGGCGAAUGGCUAGCCGUGGGCAUGGAGAAUUCGAACGUCGAGGUGCUUCACGCGACAAAGCCCGACAAGUACCAGCUGCACCUGCACGAGUCCUGCGUGCUGUCAUUGAGAUUCGCGUCCUGUGGCAAGUGGUUCGUUUCGACCGGCAAGGACAAUCUCCUCAACGCCUGGCGCACGCCUUACGGAGCUUCGAUAUUCCAGUCGAAGGAGUCGUCCUCGGUCCUUAGCUGCGACAUCUCAGCGGACGACAAGUACAUCGUUACCGGCUCCGGCGACAAGAAGGCCACCGUCUACGAGGUCAUAUACUAAAGUAGCAGUCAUUGUUGUUACUUUCUACAAGAUCGAGUCUGACAGUGGACCGAAGAAUAUACUGCAGCGCCGCAAUGCCAGCAACGUUAUCGUGUACAACUGUUGUAGGGACAAGAAAAUUGCCACGAACACAC